CACCCAUACCCUUAAGAUGUGCAGUAUUGAAUCUGGUCCAUUUCAUAUUGCAAAACCAGCUUAAACCACAAUCAAUAUCUAUUGACAUAUUUAGCAAAUGACUAACGUGUGUUUUAGUUUUGACUAUCCUCUAUAUUCUAAAAUGAUUUUUUUCUUUUUCUUCAAGGUACCCUUUUUAUUCCACUUGCAUUUCUAAAAUUAUUCAUGAAAUAAAAACCACAAGAAGUUCUUCUAAACAUAAAUAGGGUGGGUGUUUUUUGUCUCUAGUUACUCUCGCAUUGGCAUCGUCACUUCAUUAAAAGAAAGACUUAGUAUAAACAAAGAAAAAGAACAAGCAAAAUAAUUUUUAAAAAGCAGAAAAUUAAUAAAAGUAAAGAACAACUUCAAAAACCACGUGAUGAAAGGAAAAUCUUCAUUUUAUUAAAACUCAAUAAAUAGAUGAAAUUGAAUUUUUGAUUUGUACAUUAGUAAGUGCGAGUAUUGGUUAAGCAGUGUGACUGUGAGAGAAUAGUAAUAUAGAACACAACCUCAAAAGAUGUAAAUAUAUACUUUCUCUUUCGAUAUAUAUUUAAUAUUAUUCUUACCAAAUCAAUGAAUGUUCAAUUUCUGCCACUGUUUCAUUAACCAUAUGUCCAUAAACUGAAACAGCAGAUACUUGCUCAUUCAACAGAAUUAAAUUGAUUAUUUUUUUAUUGAUGUUUUUAUAUUGAAGCAUGACAUCGAGUUCUACAUCUUAAUAUACUAAAUAUUUUCAUAAUAAAUUAAUGAAUGUAUCUUAAAUAUGAAAAAAUUCAAUUGAAUUUGAUAAUGAUUCCAUAUGAUACGAUGGGUUCAUCAUUAAUUCCAAUCAUUGUUUCACAAAUACCGCGAUAGUAAAAUGUCAGAAAAAUGAUUAUACUAGAAGAAUAGAAGAUGUAUAGAAUAUCACAUUACGAAAUGAUAAAGUAAUGUUUUAGACAAUUAAAGAAUUUAUUAGAAGUAUCAUUGUCAAAUAACUUUAUUCGAUUGUAUAUAUUUGCUGUCAAGUAUAGAAGAAUGAAAAAAAUAUUGCAUUUUCAAAUUUAAAUCAUCGUUUUCAAUCAUUAAUUUCGCAAUGUUGUCAAAUAUUUGAUUUAAAUUCCGUCAAUAAAUCAAAAUGUGAUUUUAUAUUUCAAAUUCAUAAUACAAAUCAAUGGAAAUCAAUGCGAAUAUCUAAUAAUGAUGAAAAACCAUAUUGGAUGAAUCAUAUUAUUGAAAAUUACAUAUCUAUGAAUAAUUUUUCUCAAUUACAAUUCUUUCCUGUUGGCGAAUUGAAAGAUAAAACUCAAAGUUAUUCUUUUCUAUACUUCCAUCAUUAGCAAAUUUAAUUUAUUUACCAAUUGAAUCAUUAUGUGCAAAAGAAAUUCAAUCAUUUGAUUUACCAAAACUUAAAAAACUUGUUUUUAAUUCAUGCUUAUCAAUUGAUUGGAUUCAGAAUUUUUCUCAAAUUGAAACUAUUGAAUAUACAACCAAUCAUGUUUGCGAAAACAAAGAUCAUUUAUUCUGGCCAUUAACAAUAAAACAUCUUAAAUUUGUUCUAAUGACUCCUGUUGAACAUUCAUUAAUAUAUGAUUCUCUUAUUUCUUUAUCUCAAUUAACAAAUCUUGAAAUAUAUCAAAUACAAUCAGGACAAGUACCAAUGUUUGGUAAUCGAUGGGAACAACUUAUUCGUUCAUCAUGUCCAUUAUUAAAAAUAUUUCGAUUCUAUUUUCUAUUUCGUCCAUUAUCGUUACGAGAUUUAAAACAAUUCAUAAAUUCAUAUGCAACACCAUUCUUUCUAAAAGAAAAGAAAUGUUUUUUGAAUUGUCAUCUCUGCGCUUCUGAUAGAGGUCGGCUUUAUUCGAAACAAACGAUGUUUUAUACAUUUCCAUAUCCAAUGAAAACAUUAACAACUUAUAAAAAUUCAUUGAAAAAAACGAUGUCAAAAGUACCUGUCGAUGAUCAUCUUAAUACCUAUCGAAAUGUUGAAACAUUAAUCUAUGGAAAUUAUCUUCCAAUAAAUAAUAAUUUUAAUCGAACGAAAAUAAACAAUUUAGUUAUUGAUAUACAAUUUGAAUCGAUACAUUGGUUAAAUACAUUGACUAAUUUACAACAGUUACAUAUUGAUAGUUAUGAAAAAAAUCAAUUGAUUAAAUUAACAGAUGAUUGGAAUGAUUUUCAUAUAUGUAAACAUUUAUCACAAAAGAUUCGUAUUUUAAAAUUUCAAUCCUAUGGAAAUACAUCAGAAUGUUUCAAUGAAUAUGAAAUUGAACGAAUGGUAUCGAUUUUUGGAAAUAAAUGUGAAUGUUUAUCAUUAGGUGUUCAAAUUAAAACUCAUACAAUCGAACAUAUUUUAGCACGAAUGUUGAAAUUAAGUUACUUAUUUGUAUUUAUUCCGGGGAAUUUUCAAUCGUCGAUCAAGAAACAGUUACCAAGAUCAAGACCAUUAACAAUGGAAUGAAUCAAAUCAGUUGAUAAUAAUAUCCCUUCAACAACAAAUAUUGAACCAGAAACAUGGUAUGUAUAUGAUGAAUAA